AUGGACAUCUCGACACCGACGAUUCCCGCCAGAAAGCAAGCUUUUCUCGCUGCGCAGACUACUCUCCUCUCGCAGCCUGUUACGCCGUCUCGUGCCUGGCGCGCUACAAACGACGCGUCCAAUACGCCCAUUCGUCGACGGCUGGUCGAUGAUGCCGUCUUUGAGUUCAACCGGAUUGUCGAGGAGCAUUGCCAGCGCGCGUAUGCGCCUCAAGUCAGCCGCAAUCUGGCGGAGCGGAUUAGUACCAUCUACAUCGGGCAGAUGGACCGUCGAGAAGGCGGCGCCAAUGACGUGGACGGGGGCGUCGGGAAGGAAGUCGAUCUGACCAACGAUGGUACGAUUGAGUCACUCCCAUUUUCUUGGCCGUCAGGGAGAGAAGCCGCAGCCAAGCCUGAGGAUGCGCAGGCCUACGCCCGGUCCGUCACCCGCCUUGUCGAACUCGGCAAGCAGCGACAACAAGUUCAGCUCCGCAUGGAAAAGCUCCGCCGGCUGCAAUCCGCUGUUGAACCGCUGCGUACGUCGGAGUCAGGCCAGGGCGUACAAGAAAAUCUCGUCACCCGUAGCGGUGCUGUGGAAAGGGAGUUGGCAAAGAUGCGCGGCCUGCUCGAUCGCGUCGCCGGGCGUGUUGACGGCUUUCGAGAUGCCAGCGCCAGCUCGCGGUCGCGAGAUGUGGUCGAUUUGGGAGAGCUGCGAACGGCGAGGAAGAGGGCCGUGGACGAUUUCUUGGCUGAUACCAAGGUGUUUCCGGCAUGA